AUGCAGACGCACAGCUCGCUGGUUCUCUCUUCCCCAGACUGCUCGCCCUGGCCGAACGCGCUUCUGGUGCACUGCUGGGCCAGCAGUACUGACACUGGAGCACAUCCGAGUGCGCUGCUCCUCCAAGAUGCCAACACGAGAAACGUGCGCGUGCUGGGGGAGACGCACCGGAAGCUGCAACAGCGCCAUUCACUCCGUGCCCUGCAGUGGCCAAUGCCACUGAGCGUCACGGCCAUGGCCAUAUUCAUGAUCACCACAGCAACAUGGGCGCCGCCCGCUACAUCCCCCAUGCCUGUAGCGCUGGCGGCCACCUCAACGUCGGAGCUCACCAACUCCCGUCUCUGCAACCGCUGA